AUUACCACAGUUACACAGGGGCAUGUCAACUAGGUUUUGAUGUAAAGUACAUGAAGUCAUGGUUACAUCAGAGUAUCGUCAUGGAAACGGUACAACAAAGCAUUCUAGAUCUGCCAGUACUAAAAACACUCAGUGGUGUUGUGCUUAUCCUAAUGAAGCAGCCAUUCAAGCGAUCUUCCAGCAAGUUCAGAGGAUCUGCGUCUGAAAAUAGUGAAGACAAUUCAAUGGAUUAUAUUCAAGGGGAGAGGUCAGUGUAUGAAAGUGAGGACAAAAUUAGCCAUGUGUCCAAUCCAAACGAAUGGCUGGCACUCAGAGUUCAGGGAACCGGCCGAAGCUGGCGAGGGAUUUCAUCAUGUUUAAAUCCAGAUCCUCAAUAAUGAUUGGUCAAUUGGUACAACAAAGGGAACCAAUGGAAACUGGAAUUGAGUUUCAUCUCAGUAAUGAUUGGUCAAUUUCUAGAAUUGGAAACCAAUGGAAACCAAACCAUGGGAGCAGGAAUUGAGUUUCAACUUGCCAUAGCAACAUCUACAAAAAAGAUUUUAUUGUUUUUCUUUUUGUUUACAAGGAAUCAGUUUUUAAAGUCCUGGUUGUAAUUUAUAUUCUUAAUGUGUGGAUGAUUUUAAAGGUCUAUUGAAUCAAUGGCAGCUAGAUAUGAAUUUCAUCAUGUCUUAAUUUAGAUAUUCCGGAAAAGUUUUUUUUUGUAUACUGGAAAUUAAUGCUUGCAAAGAGGAGAAACUUUACAUCCAUGCCCAUGUUGAAAUUUAUUGGUAGAUUAGUAGAAUUUUAACAGAUUUAAGACAUGAAAAACCUUGCCAGUUUUUGCAAGCACUGUUUAGAUAUAUACAUGUAAAUGAAAUGUUCAUACAUGAUUGUGUUUGGAGGAAUUAGAUUUUAGGAAACCUUCCUUAGCCUCAGUUUGAAUACUUGAUAUUGAUUGGCUAGCUUUGAUAUUACUGGGAACCAAUCAAAUCAAAGAGGAAGUGAUGUCAGCAUAUUUGAUGCUGCAGCAGAAGAAGAGAGGAACACAUUAUAUUGCUCAGAAAAACAAUUUAUAUGUCACAAAGCUGAGAUUUAUCACAUUGUGCCAGUAUCUUGUAAAUUUUAUAUUUAAUUUUUUAUUUAUUUCUAAAAAAUUUCCAUACUUUGGCAAUCUUUAUAGAAUUUAAAAAUCUACACAAUGUAGUUAAAUUGAAGGAACGUAGAGCUUUUGCUUUUAAGUUUUUGCUUGUGGCUUUCCAUAGAUCUUUGUCUUUAUUUUUUGUUUAAAAAUGAUUAUUUUGUCUUUACAUGUACUUUAUGUAUGAAAGUUAUUUUUUAUACAGUUGAUAUGACAAUACAUGUACAUUAUGAAUAGAAUCCUUAAUAUUAACAUUUUACUGUUGUAAGCCUAUUGCUCACUGCUGUUAUUGCUAGAUGGAUAGAUAGGAAUAUUUUCCUAUUUUAACCUAUUUUAGAUCAUAUAA